ACAGUACCUCGAAGAACAGCACGGAAGAAGGUGCGGCGGCCAGGACCGCGGGACCGGCCCGCUGAACCCCGAGGCGAGUCCCGCCCCUGCGCCAGCCUUCCGGAUCUCAUUGGCCUGUACGUCUGUCCGUCUCCGCCCAUGGGGCCGUGCCGGCCCGCGCCGGGUUCCUGGCUACUUUUCGGCGGGCUGGGGGGCCGCCCACGGCAGAGUGAACCUGACCCGGCUCCGGCUUCGGGGUGCUGGGAGAAGGGGCGCAGGAGCGGAGCAUCACCGGGGUGGGUGGUAGGCCCGCGGCCUCUCCUCUGGCAGCGCCACCUGUCGCGGGGCGAGCGGCUGUAAAAGGAAAGAUGUUGUCCCGGUUCCGAGUUGCGGCUACGCCUUGUUCUUGGGCAUGUCGUCGUUUGCACAUAAAAGAGAAGGGCAAACCCCUGAUGCUGAACCCAAGAACAAACAAGGGCAUGGCCUUUACCUUACAGGAACGGCAGAUGCUCGGGCUGCAAGGACUUCUACCUCCCAAGAUCGAGACGCAGGAUAUCCAAGCCUUACGAUUCCAUAGAAACCUGAAGAAAAUGACCAGCCCUUUGGAGAAAUACAUCUAUAUAAUGGGAAUACAAGAAAGAAAUGAGAAAUUGUUUUACAGGAUAUUGCAAGAUGACAUUGAAAGUCUCAUGCCAAUUGUAUACACCCCAACAGUUGGUCUUGCCUGCUGUCAGUAUGGACACAUCUUUAGAAGACCCAAGGGAUUGUUUAUUUCAAUCUCAGACAGAGGUCAUGUUAGAUCAAUUGUGGAUAACUGGCCAGAAAAUCAUGUUAAGGCUGUUGUUGUGACCGAUGGAGAAAGAAUUCUGGGUCUUGGAGAUCUGGGUGUCUAUGGUAUGGGAAUUCCAGUAGGAAAGCUUUGUUUGUACACAGCCUGUGCAGGAAUACGGCCAGAUAGAUGCCUGCCUGUGUGUAUUGACGUGGGAACUGAUAAUGUGUCACUCCUGAAAGAUCCAUUUUACAUGGGCUUGUAUCAGAAGCGAGACCGUUCACAACUUUAUGAUGAACUGAUUGAUGAGUUUAUGAAAGCUAUUACUGACAGAUAUGGCCGGAACACACUUAUUCAAUUUGAAGACUUUGGGAAUCAUAAUGCAUUCAGGUUUUUGAGAAAAUAUCGAGAAAAAUACUGUACUUUCAAUGAUGAUAUUCAAGGGACAGCUGCAGUAGCUCUAGCAGGUCUUCUUGCAGCACAAAAAGUUAUCAGUAAAUCCAUCUCAGAACACAAAAUCUUGUUCCUUGGAGCAGGAGAGGCUGCUCUUGGAAUUGCAAAUCUUAUAGUUAUGUCCAUGGUGGAAAAUGGCCUCUCAGAGGAAGAAGCACGAAAGAAAAUUUGGAUGUUCGACAAGUAUGGUUUAUUAAUUAAGGGGCGGAAAGAUGACAUAGACAGUCAUCAGGAGCCAUUUGCUCACUCAGCUCCAGAGAGUAUACCUGAUACUUUUGAAGAUGCAGUGAAUAUACUUAAGCCAUCAGCCAUAAUUGGGGUUGCUGGUGCUGGCCGACUUUUUACUCCUGAUGUAAUCAAAGCCAUGGCCCGAAUCAAUGAAAGACCUAUCAUAUUUGCGUUAAGUAAUCCUACGGCAAAGGCUGAGUGCACCCCUGAGGAAGCAUAUACUCUCACAGAGGGCCGGUGUUUGUUUGCCAGUGGCAGUCCAUUUGGGCCAGUGAAACUUGAAGACGGGCGAGUCUUUACUCCUGGUCAAGGAAAUAAUGUGUAUAUAUUUCCAGGUGUGGCCUUAGCUGUUAUUCUCUGCCACACCCGGCAUAUCAGUGACAGUAUUUUCCUAGAAGCUGCAAAGGCACUAACAAGUCAAUUGACAGAUAAGGAACUAGCUCAAGGAAGACUUUACCCACCGCUUGCCAAUAUCCAGGAAGUGUCUAUUAAUAUCGCUAUUAAAAUAACAGAAUACCUGUAUGCUAAUAAAAUGGCCUUCCGAUACCCAGAACCCGAGGACAAGGCCCAGUAUAUUAAAGAGAGGAUAUGGAGAAGUGAAUACGACUCCCUGCUGCCGGACAUGUAUGAGUGGCCAGAGUCUGCGUCAAGGCCUCCCCAGAUAACAGAAUAGGAGCCCUCCCAGCAAUGCACAAAUAUUCCACCUGCUUCAGGGAGCCUCUUGGCUGAACAAAGACCCGGUGUUCCCAGACCUACGGUGUUUUCUGUGUUUUAUUCCUCCAUCCCCACCGUUUGUGUGACUUCUGUUUUUCCCCACGAGUCCCAUGUCUGGUAGAUGUGUUGACUGUACUGUUAAGGCCCAUCAGUGCCCUACAAUUGCCAAUUGUAUGUUGUGUUAAUUUAUAGCCCAUGGCACACUCAAGAGAUGUUACAGAGGGAUCUGUAAAUGUCUUCCCUUGCAUUCUUCAUGUUUGCCAUGUAUUUACUGUUAUAGGUAAUAAUCUACUCUCACCCAGUUCUGGUAGGGCUACUACAAUAGAAAUUUGCGUCUAUACAUCUGAAUCAGAAUUUUGAAAGCAAACCACAUUCCAAGGAAGAUUUGUUAGCAUAUAAAACUUUUUUGUAUCUGCUUCAUUUUACAUUCAUUCUCUGAAAUUUAUGAUAAUCAGAUCUAGGGAAACAUGAAAAAUCUACCCUAUUUGUUUUUUGAAACUAAAUCAAGACUCAACUCUAUAGGAAAACAGCAGAAACUACAGCAUUUAUAUAAAAAUCAUUCUCAACAGUGUCUAAAAAAAGUUAUCUGCUUAAUAAAAAUAAUUGUUUCAGCUAUGUUAGUUUACUGCUCAGCUACAAAUUUAGGUUCACUUUAUUACAAAAAACACGUGUUUUCAUCUUCUUUCACUACUUUUGAUUUUAGUAUGCCUAUGGCACAUAGAUUAUGGCUAACUUCAUAUGGCUUCUUAAAAAUAAAUUAUGUUUCAGGUCUCAGCAAUUUGCAUAUAGGUAGAGUAACUAUAUCUUUAUUCUAACAGCAAUACCAUUACUUGAAAUAAUUUUGGAAUGUUCUGGAAUACAUUCCUUUUAAUAUUCCUUUUAAUGGUGGUGACUCUGCAAUGAAGAUGAAUUUGUUUAAAAAUCACCAAAAUUACUUUAAAACAAAGUGAACAUGACUUAAGUAGACCAGAAAAUGUUGUAUUUGGUCCCAGAAAGUUGCGUAAUAAUUAGAAAAAAAAUAACAGUUUUCCUCUGGCUUGCAAAUUGGAGGGUUCUAAAAAAAAAUCUGGAAGCAUUUUGAAAAAUAGUAAAAAUGCUGUAAUAUUUGUCCCCUGGAAUUGCUUCACGAGAACAAAAAUUUUAAACAUGCUCAUUCUUGAAACUAACCACAGUAAGAUUUUCAGAAGUACUUACCACCCAGUUUGGGGGUCGUUCUUCCCUUCUGUAGAGAUUGACGAGUGGUGAUAUUGAAGGUGAUUUGUGUUUGAAGGAUGCUUGAAAUGGCACUGCGUGGGGAAAUGCAGUUGGUUAGUCAGUACAACAGAUGAUCAAUGGCAGAAAUCUGCUUCAUAAAGUCACAAGUUUUUUCUUUUGGCUUCUUUUACUUAAAGGUGAAAGAUUUAUCUUUUCCUGUUACCUUUGUUAAGACAGAAUACCCCUAACGAAGCAAUCUUUAUUUUAGUUUAGAACUACAAGUACAAUCCUUAUGGUUUUUUGCUAGUGCUUAUUAAAGGCAGGAACAUCUGCUGAAUUGAAGUAAUAACUCAUGUUUGCUUACUAAAUAUGACUAGUCCAGUCUUUAACGGAAAUUAUUAAAUAGCUUAAAGGAAAAAAGCUAAAUGGUAUAUAGCCUGUUUAAGAUAAAAAUCUUAAUUCUUAAGCUUUGUAUAAAGAGCUAUUAUUUUCAUUGUUAUUUAUGAAUUGGUAAUUUAUCAGUUAUCAAUUAUUGGAAGCAAAUUAAAUAUUUACUGUUUAAGCUAAGAAACUUUUAGCAUAUAAGGUAGGAGGGGGAGGCCAGUAAUGGCGUUAAACUGGAAAAGAAACUAAUAAAACAUCUGUGCCUUCUUUGGGAGCUUUUACCAAUCAAGAAUUAUUUUGAAAAACAACGAGAAAGUCUCUUUCAUUGUUUUUAAUAAAGAAGUCCUGCAGAUGAGUGGGAAAAAGAAGACAUUUAUUUUACCUGCUGCCACCCCAUAGUAUGAAACAGAAUGGCUGACUAGUGAAAGUAAGGUUCAUUGAUAAAAAGGGGAGUUUUCUAGAUCUGGGUCAAAGUGGUGUUAAUGGAAGGGAUGGAGUCUUAACCCAGAAGGUGCCUCUGCCUCACUGGGACCCUUUGAAGUGCAGAUCCCACCCACCCUCCUGUCCUAACACUGCCUUAAAGCCCUGUGGGACUUGUCUGGAGCGCUGCAGGGGUGAGGAGGGGGUACACUGGGGCUGAUGCUACAUUUCUGGCUGGCUCCCAAGUGGUUUCUGUGCUGCUCCAGAGCCCUGUGUGCAGGUGUGCAGGUCAAGCCUAGCGCUCACACAGCAUGUCCUUCAGUUGAUGUAAUGAAGAUCACCUGAGGCUAGGCUCUUGGCACACAGUAGUUAACAUCUAGAAGUAGUGGUUUCAUUUUUAUAGGAUAUUUAACCAGGACAAAAAUGGAUACAGUACUUGCAGAUGUUUCUGAAAACUGAGAAUAGUUUCAAUAUAAAUUACAGAUUUGUAGCCUAUUACUCAGAUGAAACCUAGCAACCACUUGAGUUGUCAAGUGGGCAUUUGUUUCCUGUUAAUUCUAUCCUUGGUCCUUUCAAUAACCAGCAUUUUAACAGUUUUUGCAGAAUUGCUAAUGAAUUAAGAGCAAACACUAAGGAGUGUGGGUCAUGAAUCAUCGUUGUCAGAUAACAGUGUCCCCAGAGGGAUGGAAGAAGAGCAGUGUGAAGCACAGAAUCUUGUCUUUGAAGCAUGAUUUUCUUCACAUCUCCUGGGUUCUGCUUGUUGACCAAAAUGGAAUCCACUUCUUUGAGAGUCUCCUACUCGAGAAUAAUAAUAUGCUUUCUAAUUCCCUUAUUGGGAUUCUGUGUCGAAGGAAGUGGAAGGGUGAAAUAGCACUACAAUCUUCUCCCCAUCCCAGUGAAACCCCCUCAUGUGCAGGUGUGGCACCUGUUGACUGCGGAAAUCAGCCCCAUUCAUGAUCUGCUCUGACUCUCCGCUGACUCGAUAACACAUACUCCAUGUGAGGGUUAAAAUGAGAACCUCUACAGCUGGCCUAACAACAUCCUUAAAACCCUCAUGAUAAUGCAGCUGCCUUAUCUGAAAUCAGCAUAAGGGUUUUGUUUUUUGGGGUUUUUUUGUUUUGUUUUGUUUUUUCAUGUAACCAGAGAGGAAGCCCAGUGCUUUGUUUGAAAUUUCAGUAUACUCAGGUGGGCCUAAUGAGGACAUGGCUCUUAUUCCUUAAUUUCCUUAGUUCUUCUAUGAGGUUGUACUUAAACUAAUGCUUGGAUUUUUGCAACAAUUAUUUUCCUUCCUUGGAUAAGGAAAAUUAGGCCUCUGAAAGAGACAAGUCUAUGGAGAUGGGCUACCCAUGGGAUCCAGUCAUUGUGUUCAUGACAGCAUUCAGUAGACAGCAUUUGACUCCAGAUGUGUUUGUCAUGUAACGAGUUACUGUAAUAUUUUCGUAUUUAAUCUUUCUUUUUCUAAGUGACUACAUAUUUGCCUGUUAUUUGUGAAGUUAUUCCUGAGUUCCGCAUACCUUUCUAAUUUUAAAAAUGAAAGGAAAUUUGUAGGAAUAUAUAUAUUCCUCAGUUGUCAUGAUUUCCUUUUAGGUUGUAGAAAAAUAUUUCCUCUUUCAUAAUUUUAAGUGUAAAUUCUAACAAAUCAUUGAUUCUUCUAUGACCAUUGACUUGUCACCAACAGAAUUGUAUAUACAAGGUGACUUGAAUGUUUGUGGAGAGUAGAAUUUUAAGCAUCUUGAUUCAAAAAAUGUGAAAAUAUGCAUGUAAGGGUUCUUCAAAACAUUCAUGCAAACAUGUGUUAUGAAAAAAAUCAUGCAGGGAUUUAAAAAAUGUUUACAUCAGAAUCAUACCUUCUAAUUUCACUUUUCCAUAUGAAGUUUGAAGUGUUCUUAUAGAGUGAAGUCAACAACAAAUUAAAUGUGAUGGGCAGCCCCUAACUGUGUACCAGGUGUUCUGACUGUUCCAACUUACUGUCAUUCUGUUCCAUUGCCUGUUCCAUGUUCCUGUUCUGUUCCAUUUACAGAUAAGGAUGGGCACAGAGAAAUUAGGCAACAAGUAUCUCACAGCCAGUGGCCAAGUUAGACCCUGGGUUCAGUCUCAUCUCCAAGGCAAAAGGGCCUCUGUAUAGCUGAUGUUAUCUGAAUUUUAAAGACCUUCAACAACUGUUAUUUCAAAUGAAAAUGCAUUACUUUCUUUGAAAAUCAGUCUGAGGUCUUUUCUUUUAAAUUUACCAGUUCCUUUGUUGUUGUUUUCAGCAUCUUAAGUGUUGGCUAUAUAAGUUAAAGACUUGGUUUCGAAUUUGAUAAAUUACACCAAAGAUUCACAGUAGCUAGUUCACUGACAUCUUUUGCUUUAAUAAUAUUCACAGAUCCAUCAACUGCUGUCACUUCUCUGCAAAUCAGUUUAGCAACAUUUACAUAUUCUAAUGCUUUCUGGCUCCGCCAGUGUCAAUAGUGCAUCUGUAUUGUAAGAUAUAUUUUAGAUAUCUCUUGUAUGCUUACAGGACUCCUAUUAAAAGGUGAGAACAAUAACAAGUAGUCCUAUGAAAUGUAUGGAUAGAAUAAGCAAUUUCUGAAGAGACCUAUUCUAGCUAAACAUUUCAACAAAUUCUGCUCAGUGUUUUGUUACACUUUGCCUAAAAACCUUUAAAAUGAACUGAAAUUACAACUAUAGUUUUCCAGUUGAUACAUUUUGUGUUUGCUUUGCUAAGGACUCAGUUACUCACUGUUCAUGGAAACCACAUACCGUGAGCCAUUGCUUAGCCAGCCUUUCUCAUCUUUGUGUUUAAGAUAACAUGAUGGAAUGGAUAGUUUUGUAGCUGCUCAUGGGAAUGCUGGUUAAGGGAAAGCCUUGUGUAGAACAUACUGUAAUAGAUUGACUUGUUACAGAUGGUUCUAAGAGUUGAUCUAAGAUUUAAUUAAGUGAAUUGUCUUUUCUGUCUUUUGUGAUAAUGAGAUGUGUGUGCUCUUAUAUUUUCUUAGUAAAAUUUUCCUAUGCAUAAAAAAAA